CAUAACCUAUAAAUGUUGCAUGUUAUAAACAUAACCUAGAAGAUUGUUUUUUUUUCUUAAAAUGUUUUCAACGCGAGCUUUCAUUAAAAAGAACAAAGUGGGAAACUACUUAAAAAAUAUUCGCGAACACUAUAUUCGUGAUGAUAUCUUCUGUGGAUUGGAAUCCUGUAAAUCUUGUGAGGUGCUUGAUACUUCACUCACAGGCGGUUUUAAUAAUAAGAACAAUCUAUUCAAGUUCAAUCAUUACAUAAUCUUGGACACUAAUAUUAUUUUAGAUCAGAUUGAUAUUUUGGAGGAGGAUGUAUUUGGUAAUGUAAUUAUUUUGCAUACUGUCCUAAAAGAAGUGAAACAUCGAUCACUACCAGUUUACAAACGUUUGAUGAGUAUCAUUGAAAACCCUACAAGACAUUUUUAUAUUUUCACCAAUGACCAUCAUAAAGAUACUUAUAUCAACCAAGAGAAAGGAGAAUUGAUUAAUGAUUUUAAUGAUAGAUGUAUUAGGAAAGCUUGUACUUGGUAUAUGAAGCACAUGCCGAAUGAGAAGUUUGUCCUUAUCACUGACGAUAGAGGCAAUCGUAAUACUGCCAGAAAUGAAAAAAUCAAAACAUGCACUAUUACUGACUAUGUAAAGAAUCUUGAAAAUUCUAAGCAUUUGCAAGAUAAAUUGGCGAGGAAAGAUUUUCAUACAGUUGUUGAUUCUGAUGACUUUUAUCCACCUCAUUUACCAACUGUUGAUAUAAUUCAGGGAAUUAAAGAUGGUAGUUUACAUCAAGGCACUUUUCGCGCAUCAACAUCUAACUUCUUGGAAGCUUCAGUUAAUGUUGAUGAAUUUGAGGAACCAGUAAUCGUUCAGGGUCGGGCUGGACUUAACAGAGCUGUUGACGGCGACUUUGUUGCUAUAAAAAUAUUAAGCAAAGAUGAGUGGAUUAGCCCUAGCGAUAUUAUUUUGGAAGAUGAGAGUGUUACCGAAGGCGUGGACGAGGUGCUGGAAAAGGAGAAGGUCCUGAAGAAAACGCAGAAAAAGGCAAAUGCACAACCUACUGGCAUGGUAGUUGGCAUUGUGAGAAGGAAAUGGCGCCAGUACUGUGGAAUUCUGCAGCCAAGUAAUAUGGAUGGUUUAUUUCAUUUAUUUGUACCGGCAGAUAGGAAAAUUCCUAAAGUUAGAAUAGAAACUCGACAGGCAGAGUUCUUGCGAACGCAGAAGAUUAUCGUGGCUAUCGAUACUUGGCCCAGGCAUUCUAGAUAUCCGACUGGUCAUUUCGUAAGAGCUUUGGGCAAAAUUGGAGAUCAAGCGACGGAAAAUGAGGUUGUCUUAUUGGAGCAUGAUGUACCACAUAGCAAGUUUUCUGAAGAAGUUCUCAGCUUCUUACCUAAGUUACCUUGGACUAUUAAAGAGGGGGAUAUUGCUGCUAGAGUAGAUCUAAGAGGCUUGGAUAUUUGCUCCGUAGAUCCUCCUGGUUGUACAGACAUAGAUGACGCUCUACACUGUCGUGAAAUUGAGGACGAUAAACUGGAAGUAGGGGUUCAUAUCGCAGAUGUUUCGCACUUUAUUCGACCUGGCAACGCCUUGGACAUAGAGGCUUCGAAUCGGGCCACAACCGUCUACCUUGUCAACAACCGAAUUGAUAUGGUCCCAGUACUGCUCAGCUCCAAUUUAUGCUCGCUGCGAGGCGGUGAAGAGCGCUUCGCUUUUUCAUGCGUUUGGAUUAUGGACAAAGAGGCAAACAUAUUGGAAACUAGGUUCCACAAAAGUAUAAUCAAAUCCAAAAAAGCGAUGACUUACGAGGAGGCCCAAAUGGUCAUAGACGAUAAGCACCAAGUGCACUCAAUAGCGCAAUCCUUGAGAAACUUGAACAGUUUAGCGAAAAUUCUGAAAAGGGGUCGUUUGGAUAAGGGUGCAUUGGUUCUAGCAUCCCCUGAGGUUAAAAUUCUUAUGGAUUCUGAAACCCAUGACCCUAUAAGUGUCGAGGCAAAGAAACUGUUUGAGACUAACUCGAUGGUAGAAGAGUUCAUGUUAUUAGCUAAUAUAAGCGUGGCUCAGAAGAUCUUGAAGGAGUUUCCUGAAUGCGCUUUGCUCAGACGGCAUCCUACACCUCCUCCAAAUAAUUUCGAUCCAUUGGUCAAGGCAGGAAAUCAUUUGGGUUUCGCCAUAAAGAUCGAUUCAGGCAAGAAUUUGGCUGCAUCGCUGGAUGAAGCUAUUAGAGAAGACAAUCCAUUUUUGAAUACAAUGUUGAGAAUACUGGCGACUCGCUGUAUGAUGCAAGCUGUGUAUUUCAGUAGUGGCAUGUACCAGAAAGACGAGUAUUUCCAUUACGGUCUGGCUGUACCAUUAUACACGCACUUCACGUCUCCGAUUAGGAGAUACGCUGAUAUUAUUGUGCAUCGCUUAUUAGCUGUGGCUAUCGGUGCGGAUUGCACUUACCCGGAUCUGUUAGAUAAGCAUAAAUCCACUGAUCUGUGUAAAAAUUUGAAUUACAGAAAUCGCAUGGCUCAAUACGCCGGAAGAGCUUCAGUAGCGUUCAACACUCACUUAUUUUUUAGGGGUAAAUUGCAAGAUGAAGAGGGUUAUGUGCUAUUUGUGAAAAAGAACGCAUUGCAAAUUUUGAUACCGAAAUACGGUCUUGAGUGCACCCUAUAUAUUUCUGAAGAGGGCAAAACAUCACCAUUUACUUAUGAUGAAGACCAUCAAACCCAAACGGCUGGUGAUAUUGUAUUGCAUGCUUUUGAUCCCGUAAUUGUUAGGUUAACCCUAGACUCAAAGAAUAUUCAGCAUGAAAAAUUCAUACUGCAAUUGGUUAAGCCGCAUAUCGAAGGAUUUAGUAUUGCUCCACUCACUGAAAUGGAGACGAAACACAAAUUGACAGAAAUAGAGAGCGGCAAGAAAAACAAGAAACAAAAAAAAUCAUAAUAAAUAAAUCGACUUCACUUAAUA